GAUGAAUAAAUAGAAGAGAAAAUGGGAAACGGGAAAUGCUAGAAUUAGUUGGCUGUGAAUCUAAAGCAAAACAAAGAGUACAUGGGGGGAAGUGGAACUCUCGUUGACGGUGUUCGUCGCUGGUUGCAGCGUCGCAAUUUAAUUUCUUCUUCUACGAAUAAUCAGAAUACCGUUAUCAUCGAUCACAAUGAUAGCUCUUCCUCUACUGUCAGCCUCACUCAGAAGCAACAAUCACAAGAAAUAACAACCGAUCCUGUUGUUCAAGAUUUCGAUUUCUCUUCCUUGAGGCUCGUCAAAGUUCCUAAGCGCCAUUACUUCGUUGUUUCUUCUAUGGAUUCUCACAAAAAGGGUGCACUUGAAAAAGAUUUUUUCACCGAGUAUGGAGAUGCAAACCGAUAUCAAGUUCAAGAGGUCAUUGGAAAAGGAAGUUAUGGGGUUGUUGCUUCUGCAAUUGACACCCACACUGGUGAAAAAGUUGCAAUAAAAAAGAUUAACGAUGUAUUUGAUCAUGUCUCUGACGCAACCCGGAUUUUGAGAGAAGUCAAGUUGCUACGGUUGCUUCGUCAUCAAGAUGUUGUACAGAUAAAACAUAUUAUGCUCCCUCCAUCGCGACGAGAAUUUAGAGAUAUUUAUGUAAUUUUUGAGUUGAUGGAAUCUGAUCUUCAUCAAGUAAUUAAGUUUAACGAUGACUUAACUCCUGAGCACCAUCAGUUUUUUUUAUACCAGCUUCUUCGCGGUCUGAAGUAUAUACAUGCAGCAAAUAUAUUCCAUCGAGAUUUAAAACCCAAGAACAUCCUUACUAAUGCUGAUUGUAAGUUGAAGAUAUGUGAUUUUGGGCUUGCACGAGUAUCGUUUAAUGAUGCCCCAUCGGCGAUCUUUUGGACUGAUUAUGUAGCAACACGUUGGUAUCGAGCUCCUGAACUCUGCGGAUCUUUUUUCUCCAAAUACACUCCUGCAAUUGAUGUCUGGAGCAUAGGAUGCAUAUUUGCUGAGAUGCUUAUAGGAAAACCACUCUUUCCUGGGAGAAAUGUGGUACACCAAUUGGAUCUCAUGACUGAUCUGCUUGGUUCACCUUCUGCUGAAUCCAUAUCAAAGAUUAGGAAUGAAAAGGCAAGGCGGUACCUUAGUAACAUGCGCAGAAAGCAACCGGUUCCUUUCUCAAAAAAGUUCCCCAAUGCAGAUCCCCUGGCUCUUAGCUUACUUCAGCGCCUACUUGCAUUUGAUCCGAAAGAUCGCCCCACAGCUGAAGAAGCAUUAGCUGAUCCUUAUUUUUAUGGUUUGGCCAAUGUGGAUCAUGAACCAACCACCAAACCGAUUUCGAAACUAGAAUUUGAGUUUGAGAGGAGGAAACUGGCAAAAGAUGAUGUAAGAGAGCUGAUUUACCGAGAGAUAUUAGAGUAUCAUCCACAGAUGCUGCAAGAGUAUAUUCAGGGUGGGGAGCAAACCAGCUUCAUGUACCCAAGUGGUGUUGAUCGAUUCAAGCGGCAAUUUGCACAUCUGGAGGAACAUUAUGGUAAAGGCGAAAGAAGUACUCCACUUCAGAGACAGCAUGCUUCUUUGCCUCGAGAGCGAGUUCCUGCUCCCAAGGAUGAGCAUAUUGUUGAAAAUAAUGAUACAGUUUCGAAGUCCCGGUUCUCAGACGGUUCAGAGAACACAAAUGCAGUAGGGGAAAAUAGCCCUAGCAAAGCAAACAGUAGUGCUCGUAGCCUGUUGAAAAGUGAUAGCAUUAGCGCCUCUAAGUGUGUUGUUGUGAAAGAAAAUAAUGAAUCAACGCAGGAGGAACCAAUUGCUGAAGCCGAUUAUGAGACAGUGGAUGCCUUGUCUCGGGAGGUUGCAGCUAUUAAUGCGUGAUCAAAACUUACCCAUUUCCCCCCUCAUUAUUGGGAAGAGGGGAAUUCAUAGUGAUUUGUCCCAUUUUUUUUCUCGUUUUACUCACGGACAGAAGCUAAUGGUAGAACUAUUGUAUCGGGUAACGCAUGAGAAGAGUCCGGCUGUCAUGUAGCUUCACAUUUGAGGAAGAAAGAGUUGUAUUUUGUCUCAUAAUGAAAAAGAGAACACUACAUACUGUUGUGUAA